AUGCAUGCGGCUUUACUGAGAGAACGCAGCAACGACGGAGCAGAAGCCGGAACUACUUUUGGGGGCUACUGUAAAGAGCUGUUGCGGCUUACAAAUAAAGAUACGUGUACACCUCAGACCAGCGCAGACUGGUGGCAGCACCGCUUUGCGCGGCUGCCCUGCAGCGUGGAGCAGCUCCUGAAGCAGAGAGAACAGCUGCUUCAGCAGCGGCGAGCAGCAUGUUCGGCUGCUGUUGCUGCACUCCGCGCCACUGCUGACCCUCGCGAGGCGGUGCUGCAGUCUGCCAGGGCUGCAGUUGCUGCUGCAGUGACUGCUUUUGCUUCUGCUGCAGCAGCACCGUCAGAAGACGCGCAGAAGGAAGACAGUAGAGAGUUCCAACGUUCAGCAGAAGUGAACAGACAGCAGCUCUUUUUUAACAGCCUGGUUGGUCUCCGUGUUUGUUCUCCUUCUCUUGAAUGGGAGGGUUAUCUGCAUGGGUUGAGGCUUGUGCACUGGCACUGCAUGUUUGUUUUUGUCGCUGCAACUCUACUCUACUGCCUUUCUGUUGGUGCUGCUGUCUGUUUCGCGCUGCAGGUCGAAGGGGAAGGGGCGCUGCACGGCCUCGAGUCCAUGACAGUAACGGAACUUCUGGGGCAGCUUUUGCGAGUGCUCGUCGCUUCGCUAGUUGAACAGUGUCGGCUCGCGUGUGCCUGUGUGUUGGUUGGCAACGGCCAGGAGAGCACGUGCUGCAUCUACGCCCCAGGGGUUGCUGCAGCACGCUUUGGACGCAGCAGCAGCGGCUGCAAGGGCCAGUGGUUCCCGUGUCAUAUUCCUGCUCUUCAAGCUGCAGCGGACGACCUCCAGCGGCAUGCGAUUGCUCAUGCGGCGGGUGCAUCAACUGCAGCAGCUGCUGCUGCCGAUGAUGGGCUGGCGUGGAUCCCGUCCCUUUCGCUGCUUGCUGCAUGCAUGCGAUGUGAGUUCAUGUUUUCUGCUGCUGUGGGACUGUGCAGACUGGUUGGCACAGAUCCCCCGUCUCUGGCAGUCGUGAACCGCGCUUUGCAGUUGCUGCUUCUCCGGCUGCAGCAACAGGAGCAAGCAGCAGCAGCAGAAGUAGCGGCGGCAGCAGCCACAAGUUCCACCGGACGGGGAGAUAAGGAAACUCACGCUGUAAGAAGGUUACCAGAGGCAGAGUGCGAUAUAUUAGUGCCUAUCCUAUCUUGCAGCGAGAAGCGGGCGCUGCAGCAAAUGCUGAAUCGAUGCCAUGACGAAGCUAAGAAUACCUCAGCAGCCGCAGCAGCAACCGCUGCUCCUCCGUGGGAAGCUGUCCUGCCUUGGCCUCCGUUCGCCCAGGAAUUUGUAUUACUGCUGCAACCACACACCGCCGACGGGAAGCAGCAGGAUGCCCAGCGGCAGUGGGCAUUCUACUGCCGCGAGCAGCACGCUGAUAGAGCAUUUGCAGUUACAGGAGGACGAUACUUCCAUUAG